UAAUAGGCACAUGGAAAUGUGAACACAUACACACACACACGUGUCUCGCGUCUUUCUUGCACAUCCACAUAUACGAGACACCACACGAAAAUGGAUGGAUGGACUCUUGUACACUCACUCACUCGUCACAUCUGUGUGUAUCUAUAUGAAUAUACAUGUCUGUUGUGUGUCACAUCUAUGCACUGCUGCUGCCGCCCUUGCCUCGCUUGAGCAGGUAGUUGUAGCUCUCAACGGCACGCUUGAAGCGCUCAGAUGAGGCGUCCUUCUUUUUGGGGUCCGACACCUAUAUACACAGACACAUACACAUACACAUACACACGUAUAUACGCAAACACCAACGUGGCGCGCAGCCACGUGUGUACCUUACCUUGUCAGGGUGGUGUUUGAGUGCGUAUCGCCUGAAGGCAUCUUUGACCUCCUUGGCAUUGUGGGAGCGGGAGGGAUCCAAACCUGACCCGCACCACACACCAUGCAUGCACGACACACACCAUUAAUGCAUGACCUGGGCACACGCGGACAUACACACAACACAGGGAGGGAGUGUGCACCUACCGAGGUUGCGGUAGUGCUGCGACAGAUCGUCCUCAUCAGUACCAAACCUGACAAGACAUCGAGGGAUGGCGGGAGGGAGGGAUGAAUGGAUGGGUGGGUGGAUGUGUUCAACACACCAGUAGUUUUGGUCGGCUCUCUCCUGCUCGAAUGCUCUCUGAUGCUCGGCCUCCUCGAACGCUUGAGCACGCUCACGACCGCGGGCAAACGACUCUGCACACAAUGAACACACACGGUGGCUCGGUUCUCCGGUGCAUCCAUGCCAUGUGUACCCGAGUCAGAGUGUUCAUAGCUCGCGUAGCCAGCGGGGUUCUCACGGAGAAAGUCGGCGUGCCGCCGCAUCUGCAGGCAGGCAACACACCAGCCACAACAGACAGACACCCGUCUGUAUGCCUGUCCCCUCCCUCCGUCAAUUCAUGGACACACCCACCUCCUGUUUGCGAAAGAAGUCACCGAUGUCGCUCUGAAUGGACGGCAGGUAGUGGGUGAAGACCCCCGCAACCACCGAGAUCAGCAGCGACAUCGGCGAAGACAGCACCGUAAGCAGCCGAAGCCGUGACAGCAGCAUCAAGGUGCCAAACAGCAGGAAUGAGAUCUUGGUCCCAGAGAGGUGGUAAAUGCCCGCCGGUUUAGCCGUGAAGCCAUGCACCAGGGUGGUGAACUUCCUGUCGAACCUCGAGUACUCGAACACGUAAUAGGGGCACCACACGUUGUGCCGACGGAUGUUGUGAAUCUGCAACGACUGAACCGCAGUGCGCAUGUCGGGCUGAAACCCUGUCAGGGCACCUACACACACACACACACACACACACACAGAGAGAGAGAGAAACGUUAUCCACCUGUCUCUGCGUGUCGUCCUCUGUUUGUUUUGUCCCACUCACUUUCCAGUUUGCUCUUUGCUGUCAGUCGUGCGUAUUCCUUGAGCUUGUCAGGGAGCGCGAAGUGGAUGGCAUAGUCUGGCGACACGCUGAAUGGUAAUACAGUCUCAUCAUCCUACUAUGUGUGUUACCACACACACAGCCACACCCACAGAUGCGACAAGAGCAGUUCUGGGUGGGGUGGUGGAUGGUGGGUCUGCGUCUGUAACUUACGUCUGUCACUCACUCACUCACCUGCAGGAUUUCAUCGAUCGGCACGGUCUGCACCACAAAGUCCCCUGCCAGCCUCUCGGCUACGGACCGACCUGAUGGAUGAGCAGGUGCACAGACAGACAAGGGCAGAUAUAAUCGUGUAGCUGUGUGUGUGUGUGCUUACUUACGGUGGUCGAAGGUGGCCAAGAUCUGCGUGUAUGGCGACGAGAAGUCGACACUGUGGUUCCGUAGGUGCACAAACUCGCUCACACGACGCCUACAUAUAUCCAGACCCAGCCAACAGAGAAGAGCCAAAUGCAUUGGUUUGGCUUGUGUGAAUGAACGCAUCCGGGUGCUCUGCUUACGGUUUGCCGAGCGGCGGCGUGUAAGUGAAUUCGCACUCGACAAUCGCACUCAUGACCACAUCGAACGCAUAAAACGGCAAGAACUCCUUCCGUACAGCGGGGGGAAACAGCCUGCACACCAAGCGUUACAUCCACACAAGCAUGCAUCUGCGUUUCGUACGUCACUCACUCGGUGAAGUUGGACACACUGAACAUGCCGCCGAUUCCCUUCAACAUGGCCGCCUGGGCCUCCUUGUCGCUCACUGCAAACGGCACCGCAAGCCGCGGGCGGCCUCUCGACUGCCACCGUAUGAACGUCGUCUGAUGGCAUGGGCGCCGCUGCAGCUGCGGUAGAUGCCGCGUGAGCCGGAUGAGUGCUGCGCACGAUGAGUGGAGCGCCCGUGAGUGGAUGGCUAUGGCGGUGAGGCACCGGUGGACGGGGUGGACUGCUGCUGCUGUCGACAGCUGCAUUCUGUUGGUGCCUCAUUCAUCCGUGUCAAUCACCACGCCGCCUCAUAAGCGACAAGUGGCAAGAGAUCCGUGUUCAUAAGCAGCGAAAUGCCGGAGAUCUACCACAAUCGUC